AUCUUGGAUCUGCUGACCUUGGAUGUCUUUUUUUGCGUCACCUCCGCCUCCGUUCCGCUCGCCGCUUCCGUCCUUAAAGAGCCUCGACAUUCCCGCCUUUCUCUCUCCUGUUUCUUCUCUAGACUCAACAAGCAAGCGAACUGAACCUUAACCUUCAUUCUUUCGCUCAACUAUUGCUCCCGUCUCUUUCAGUAGAGACCAUACAAACCACAUAUCGCAUCAACUCCAACACCGCAACCAUGUCUCAGACCAACGGAACCGUCUCUCGCUUCCACGCCUCUUCCACCGAAAAGGCCAUUGCCAUUGAGGAGGAGUACGCCGCCCACAACUACCACCCUCUCCCCGUCGUCUUCUCCCGCGCCGAGGGCAUCAACGUCUGGGACCCCGAGGGCCGCCACUACUAUGACUUCCUCUCCGCCUACAGUGCCGUCAACCAGGGUCACUGCCACCCCGAGCUCGUCAAGGCUCUCGCCGACCAGGCCAGCCGUCUGACCCUCAGCUCGCGCGCCUUCUACAACGAUGUCUUCCCCAAGUGGGCCGAGAAGGUCCGCGAUGUCUUUGGCUACGACAUGGUUCUGCCCAUGUGCACUGGUGCUGAGGCUGUCGAGACCGCCAUCAAGAUUGCCCGCAAGUGGGCUUACAAGGUCAAGGGCGUUCCUCAGGAGAAGGCCUGGAUCUUUGGUGCUUCCGAGAACUUCCACGGCCGAACCAUGACCGCCAUUACUCUCUCCGUCGACCCCGAGUCCAAGGCCAACUACGGUCCCUAUGUCCCCAACAUUGGUGCUUUCAACCCCAGCACUGGCAAGCCCAUCCGAUACAACAACAUUGCCGAUCUCGAGGAGGUUCUUGAGGCCCACGGCAAGGAGACCGCUGCUUUCAUCUGCGAGCCCAUCCAGGGUGAGGCCGGUGUUGUUGUCCCCGAUGAGGGUUACCUCGAGCAGGUCCAGGCUCUCUGCACCAAGCACAACGUCCUCUUCAUCUGCGACGAGAUCCAGACUGGUAUCGGCCGAACUGGCCGCAUGCUCUGCUCCCAGUGGGCCAACAUCAAGCCCGACCUCGUCACCCUCGGCAAGGCCAUCUCUGGCGGUCUCUACCCCGUGAGCUGCGUCCUCAGCAGCAAGGAGAUCAUGCUCGUCGUCGAGCCCGGCACCCACGGCUCCACCUACGGAGGUAACCCCCUGGGCUGCGCCGUGUCCAUCCGCGCCCUCGAGAUCAUGGAGGAGGAGGACCUCACUGCCAAGGCUGAGAAGCUUGGUCAGAUGUUCCGUGACGGCCUCAAGGCCCUCAACACCCCCAUCCUCAAGGUUAUCCGAGGAAAGGGUCUCCUGAACGCUGUCGUCAUUGACGAGGCUGCUGCUAAUGGCCGAACUGCCUGGGAUCUCUGCCUGCUCCUCAAGAGCAAGGGUCUCCUGGCCAAGCCCACUCACGGCGACAUCAUCCGCUUCGCCCCUCCUCUGGUCAUCACCGAGGAAGAGCUCCGCAAGGGUCUCGACAUUAUCGCCGAGGCCAUCAAGGAGCUUCCCACCGUCGAGAAGGCCGCUGGUCACUAAACGAAGAAAAGAAGAAAAAAGGACACCAAAGAUCAGACGCAUCCGAGCGCGAGCUCAUUGGAAAGAAAAAAGAACUUUGUGUUUUUACAUUUUGGGCAUAAGGCAUUCAGGCAUAUGAUGCCAAGGGGUGAAAAGCGAAUGAGGACGAGAACAUGAAUUGCAUGCAUAGAUACCAGAUACCAGCAUCAGUGAUGCUCUGGGAAGGCGUUUUAACGGGAGUUCCAUAGUCGGCCGAUUGGCCUUGUACAGGUUGGAUAGCCCGCGAUGAAAUAAAAUGCAGUUAUUCUCCUAA